AUGCUGUCGCGGUCUUCCCUCAGCCGAAAUGCGCCGCGCGCGCUCUCCGCCGGCCGUCGGGCCAUGGCCUCUGCUGCCAACCCGUCCUUCCAGUACGAUGUCACCGAGGCCGCCGGUGUGAAGGUCGCCAACCGUGAGGUUGCUGGCCCUACCGGUACCAUUGCCCUCGUGGCCAAGGCUGGUUCUCGUUACCAGCCUUUCCCCGGCUUCGCCGAUGCCCUCGAGAAGUUCGCCUUCAAGACUACCCUCAAGCGCUCGGCACUGCGGAUCACUCGUGAGGUCGAGCUGCUGGGCGGUGAGAUCUCGUCGUCACACUCGCGCGAAAACGUCGUCCUCCGUGCCAAGUUCCUCGCAAACGACCUCCCCUACUUCACAGAGCUGUUGGCCGAGGUUGCCAGCCAACCCAAGUUUGCUGACCACGAGUUGAGCGAGGUUGUCAGCUACCUCCUCAAGUACAACCAGCAGGCCGCUUUCGCCAACCCCGAGAACGUUGCUCUCGAUGCCGCUCACGGUGUCGCUUUCCACCGUGGCCUGGGCUCGCCCGUCGUUCCCUCCCCGACUUCCCCCUACGAGAAGUACCUCUCGGCCGAUGCCCUUGCUGAGUUCGCCAAGGAUGCCUACGCCAAGUCCAACGUUGCUCUUGUUGCCACCGGCCCCAACUCCGCCGAUGUCACCAAGUGGGUGGGUCAGUUCUUCAAGGACCUGCCCACUGGCACCACCUCCAGCCAGUACAAGGUCCAGCCCUCCGCUGCCAGCAAGUACUUCGGUGGUGAGCAGCGCAUUGCCUCCAAGACCGGCAACGCCGUUGUGAUCGCCUUCCCCGGUUCCAGCGCCUUCGGCACCGCUGGCUACAAGGCCGAGGCUUCCGUCCUUGCUGCUCUGCUCGGCGGCGAGUCCACCAUCAAGUGGACCCCCGGUUUCUCUCUCCUGUCCCAGGCCACCAAGGGCUUCAACCAGCUCAACGUCUCCACCAAGAACAUCGCCUACUCUGAUGCCGGUCUGUUCACCGUCACUCUGUCCGGCCAGGCCGAGCAGGUUGGUGCCGCCAGCAAGAACGUUGUCGAUGCGCUCAAGAAGGCCGCCGCUGGCGAGGUCUCCAGCGAGGACAUCAAGAAGGCCGCCGCUCUGGCCAAGUUCCGCGCCCUGGAGUCCGUCCAGACUCUCGAGACCGGCCUCGAGGCUACCGGCUCUGGUCUGAUCCACGGCGCCAAGCCCUACCAGAUUGGCGAGAUUGCCCAGGCCAUUGAGAAGGUCUCUGAGCAGCAGGUCAAGGAGGUUGCCAAGUCCUUCCUCACCGGCAAGGCCACCCUCGUCAGCGUCGGUGAUGUCUUCCAGCUUCCCUACGCUGAGGACCUCGGCCUGACCGUUUAA